GCCCAAAUUGCCCAAAUGCAAGCAAGCAAGCACAGCUCACUAGCUAACUCAAAGCCUUCGACACAAGCAUCACUCUUAGGCACUAUUAACAUAAGCUUUUCCAGAAAGCACUAGCAGUACAUUUUUAGAGCAAGCCAAUCUUUCGAUGGACCGCGUAACGAAACUGGCAGGGCAGCGAGCGGUGGUGAUUUUCAGCGUUAGCUCCUGCUGCAUGUGCCAUACGGUGAUGCGCCUCUUCCGCGAGCUCGGGGUGAACCCCACGGUGGUGGAGCUGGACGAGGACCUCAGGGGUGAGGAGAUGGCGCAGGCGUUGGCGAGGCUCCUGGGCCGCAACCCCGCCGUGCCGGCGGUGUUCAUCGGCGGCAGGCUCACGGGGUCCACCGACAAGAUCAUGUCCUUGCACCUCAGCGGCAACCUCGUCCCGCUGCUCCGCAAUGCAGGUGCACUCUGGGUGUAGUGUUCUGCAUUCCCAGCGCUGGCACCAGGUGAUGACGGAGAAUAAUGUAUACAUGCAUACGUACGUGCUUUGUAUCAGGCGAUGAAGCAUCAAGUGAUUUGCUUGAUGAGCAACCCAAACCAACAAAAAGAAAAGUAUCAGGCGAUGAAGGAGAUUAACCGUACUAGUAUGUACCCCAUUAAGUCAAGGGGGUAUGCAGGCCUUUUUUGCACUGCAAUAAUCUGUAGCGAGGGGGAAGUCCUGUUUGGAUCAAAUGUACUGUAAGUCUGUAAUACUAAAACAUCUCCUGGUAAAUAUUUGUCUUCAGCUGUA